AAACUCCACACAUAUAAGCAUGGCGUCGUUUGUCCCAAAACCCAUUAGGCCGAGCGUCAUGUGCUGUACGUUCCAAACAAUACCGUGUUAGGAAAAAUGUCUUUCACGACAUUGAUUUUAACCGUUGUAAACAAUAGUGUGUCUGGUUUUAUAAAAGACACCUUAUGUAGUUAGUGCUGAGGACAGGGGGCGACAUCUGCUAACUGAAACAUUGCGGUGGGUUCUCCAAUAUCAUUGAUUUCCAUAUACAUGUAGUACACUUGUAUCAGCUAGCGUCCUCGAGUAAUUCUGUGUGUAUCGACAGAUUUCCAGUUUAUAACAGCCACCACCUGACUACCAGCGUUAAAGCCAUAUUUCCAUAUAUUUACAAACUAAUGAAAAUCGCAAACCUGUCAGAUACGCUGUAUUAUUCAUGGUUAAACGGUUUUCGUCGAAUAGCAGAACGGCAGUAUUCCACGGCUGAGUGAAUCUCGAACACACGACAGCCUCGUUUUCGUUUAGUUCACGGGACGUUACAACGCCACUCGAAACCUAAACACGGACGAAAUGGACCCUUUAAACGGAGUGGAACAAACGGACGAUGAAACUGAGGCUGCCUACAAGGAGGCGUUUUCCCUUUUCGACAAAGAUGGAGACGGGAAAAUUACAUUCGACGAACUGCAGGUUGUGAUGAAAUCACUCGGUAAAAACCAUACCGCCAAUGACAUCCGGGACAUGAUCAAUGACGUCGAUAAGGACGCCAAUGGUACGAUAGAAUUCGAUGAGUUUACUCUCAUGAUGAAGGACUCCAAGGCUACCGAUGACGAAUACAUGGAAUCAUUCAGUAUGUUCGACGAGGAUAAUGAUGGUUUGAUCAGCCGAACAGAAUUGAAAAAUAUUAUGAAACGACUGGGUCAGAAACUGUCAGACGACGAACUAGACAUGAUGAUUACGGAGGCCGACGACGACGGGGACGGUCAGAUUAACUUUGACGUUGAGUCAGAUCAAGACUACAUACACUUGGGUUUCUUAUCAUCAACAUUAUUGACGGAUGCCCUCACAGAAGAUCAAAUAGAUGAAUUCAAAGAGGCGUUCAGCCUGUUCGACAAAGAUGGCGACGGCACCAUAACAACCAAAGAGUUGGGAACAGUGAUGAGGUCACUAGGACAGAACCCGACAGAAGCUGAGUUACAAGACAUGAUUAACGAGGUGGAUGAGGAUGGUAAUGGUGAGAUUGAUUUUCAGGAAUUCUUGACGAUGAUGGCUAGAAAAAUGACGAGCAUGGAUUCCCAUGAAGAAUUGUCUGAGGCUUUCAAAGUAUUUGACCGAGACGGUAACGGACUUAUCAGUGCUGCAGAACUACGUCACGUGAUGACAAAUCUCGGCGAGAAGCUGACUGACGAGGAAGUAGAUGAGAUGAUACGAGAGGCGGAUGUCGAUGGAGAUGGACACGUAAAUUACGAAGGGUCUUGCGAUUUUGAUGACUUAAACUUGCUCAGCAAAUACACAAUAGGGGAGGAAUAUCUAAUUAUAUCAACUGAUUUUCCAGAGAUGCGUGACGUUUUUAAGAUAUUUGACGGUAACGGAGACGGCGUUAUCUCUGAGAAGGAACUUGGAACAGUGCUUCGGUCACUGGGUGAAAAUCUAUCUGACAACGACCUUCACGACAUGAUGCUGGAGGUUGAUGAAGACGGAAACGGUGAAAUCGAUUUCCAGGAGUUUCUUUCUAUGAUGUCCCGAAGAAUGAAAGACAGAGGUUCCAAGGAUGAUCUUCGCGAGGCGUUCCGAGUGUUCGACCUGGACGGAGACGGCUUCAUUACAGCCAACGAGUUACGUCACGCCAUGACAAGCAUGGGCGAGAAGCUGACCGAGGAGGAGGUGGAGGAAAUGAUUACAGAUGCGGACGCUGACGGAGAUGGCCGGAUAAACUAUAUCGAAUUCGUCGAAAUGUUAGCAGCUGAAAAAGUACCUUCGCCUGUUCCACCGGAACCUAUUCCAAAGGAGCUCAGCACUGUUCCUGAAUGAAGAACAACGAUCAGAAUUUGUAUCAUGUCAACUUUGUUUUACGUGUACAAAAUUGUUUCCUCACAAGAUUAUCACCAUAAUACUAAAGAAAUAACAAUAUGACUGCAUAUUAGAGGGCAUUGUAACUUCUUAGAAAUAUUUAUCAUAUACCUGGUCGCAACAUAAAUAUUCAUUUUGAUAUCAUAACGAUGAAUAUCUUUUAAUUAAGGAAUCAUGUCUAACUGCAGGCAAAGCAGUAGAGAAUUCAACUGUGGUAUUUCGUAUACAUAUGUAGUAAUCUACCCUUAAUUUCGUUGUGGAUAUAACUAUAGCACAAUUGGGUCAUGUCACGUCGGUUGACCAGGCUAAGCGACAAUAUAAAAGUCUGAGGUCUACGGUUGUUAUCUUGUUCCGUAUUGAUGAAAGCCAUGGUCAUGCUCAAGCAUUGAUUCUGUGCUCAAACCGACUUUCUUGAAGGUACCCUUAUUCCUGCGACAUGUUAAAUACAUCAACUGUAAAUAUUGCAAAAUGUAUUUCCCUUAAUGUUUCUCCAGCGUUCUUCCAAAUCUUUGACAAAAAAAAGGGUAUUUUUGUCACUAAUUUAUUACUGGAACAAGAAAUCGUGCUUGGGCGCAAACUUUGAGCUAAAGCAUGACAACGUUUUCGUGAAUACAGGCCCGAGUCUAGCCCUUCUGAUUUAACACUAAGGACACUGAAGCUGACUUUAUUUUCAUUUAUUUCAUCUUUGUUAUAAUUUCAUUAAAUUCCUGUAAGGUACGACUUUCUUUACCGAAAUGAUCAUCAAAGCAUUUGUCAGACGGAACGAAAGUGUCUAAUCCAUAGCUACAAAUGUACAGUGUUUGGCAGUGGUACGAAAUGUUCGUUGGGUCUGAUGUCUCUCUGAUGUGACUUGGUGAAAACAGUGCCUGUAACAUUGUCGAACGAUUUAAACAUUGUUUCAUUAACAUUCUAAUGAAUAUGCCUAAUAUUUUAUUUGAGAUAAUUUAUCAUACUUUGAAUAAGAACAACAAUUUCUUCGAGAGAAUUAAAAUAUUG